AGCACCCUUCGGCGUGUAGAUAAUAGAAGAAUCUAUUAUCUUCUAUUAUAAUAUAUGCUUCGCGGUGUGUGCUGGCCUCGUAUUUGAUUUUGUUGUGUUUAAUAUAUUUUGAGACUUGGGUUCGAUUCUAAUGUCGCUAUAAUCUGUGACGUGUAGUACACGGUCAGUUAUGUCUGGGUAGUUUUUGGACGAACGUUUCUUAGACUCCUCGUACACAAGACUGACGACUGUGCCCGACAGGUGCCAAACGAAAUACCUAUAGUUCAAUUCGUACACAUAAUACGAGCCAUCCGAUAAGACUGCUCUGAUUACUAUAACUGAAACAUCAUCGAUUAUAAGACUGACGGAAAAGCAAUUUGUACAAAUAUGACGGGUGUCUGUUUCCUUUGUGUAGAAAAAUUGUACGGUGAACGUACACAGGUGUGUUCAAGCAUUACACCACAUAGUAAUAUACUAUACCCACAAAUAAUUGCUCAGCUUCUGGGAGAUGAUAUUAUGGUUAUUGUGACCCCUGAGGACUACAUGUGCAAGAACUGUUCCUUACUUUUGACGCAUAUGGACAAGUUGGAAAAUGAUCUGAAAAAUGUUAAAAAUUCAAUAUUGUUAUAUAUACAAAAGAAAUAUGGAAUAUUACUUCCAGAUCAGAUUGUUAAGGGUGUUAUGGCAGAGGAAAAAUUAGAAAAAGAUGAUCUUAAAGUACCAAGUGGUCUGACAGUAGGAGUUUCUCCUACUGUAACUACUGCUACUGUAGUUACUCCGGUCCAAACUCCAUUAAAAUUGUUAAAAACACAACAGCAGCAGCAGCAACAACAACAACGAUACCAACCACAACAACAAUCACCAACACAACAAGAUAGCACUAAUAAAAUGAAAAUUUACAAGUGCGGCAUUUGUACAUUCCAAUCGAAUGAGUUUGAUCAUGUUCGAUUUCACUUGCGCACUCAUAUGAACAAAAAGGAGACUGAAAAACCUAUUCUUAAUCAAGCAGCAGCUAAAGCAUUAACUCCGGUACCGCAACAGAAAAAACGAAUUUACAAAUGCCAAGUAUGUUCUAAAUCCUUUAAUAGUCGAAUUGAUUGCCUUGAUCACAUUCAUAAAGACCAUACUCAGCCAACUCCAUCAACCUCAAAUGGAGUAAAUGAAAAAUUAAAUAAUGCUAUGAAUGCUAUGAAAUGUAAUGCUAUGAAAUCGGAACCAUCAAAGACUCAAGAAAAUAAAGUGGAGUCUCAUAUGGACGUAGACAAAUAUCAACAGGAUAACAAUAAAGGCACUGUUGACACGGAUAUGAUGUUGAAUGACAAUGUCCACACUAAAGGAUCUGGAGAUGUUGAACAAGAAGAAGGAACUGAAAAUACAGGCGAAGGAAAGGGAACUGAAAACUCUCAGGAAGAUAAGACUGUAAAAGAAGUCAAAUCGAAAAUAAAACCUGAGCCUGCACAAGAAAAAGCCACCGAAGAAGAAGAUACAGUCUUGCUUGAUCAGGAAGAAGCUGGUCAAGAAACUCCAGACAGUGUUGAGAAAGAAGUUGAUGAAGACAAUGCAAAUGUGGAAAAAAAAAUGGGAGACUUGAACAUAGAAUCAAUGUUAGCCGCAAUUCAUAAUGAUAACCCUACUGACAGUGAGUAUACACAAAACAAAGAUUAAGAUUUAUUCAACUUCUUUAAAGUUAGUAAUCAAUUUCAUAUUUAAAAGCUCUCGUUUCAUAAUUUAAAAAUGAUUAUUCUAUUAAGGUUCUUUUCUAAUAUUUUCUUUUAAUAACUUUUAA